AGAACCGCCUACCCCCAUGCCUGCUGCACACACCGCACACACUGCACUCAGCAGUUUGCGGUGCCCUUGAAUACCCCUCAGAAUUUAUGUUUCUCAUUCUGUACCAGUCUGAGUCAAUCUGGUUGGAUUCAUAUUGAGCUCAACUCGAGCGAGAUUGGGUCACACCAAGCUGUUUGUUAGGUUUGGCUGGAAUUUUCUAUUGAAAGCAGUUUCAUUUCCAUUAGAGCAUGAAUAAAAAUGUAGCUUAGCACUUUCUUAUUCUUCUGCGCCGCAAAGGUCAAAGUCACGUCUCAUGCACGCUCCAAGUAAGUUGCAAUGCAAGACCUUUUUCUUUGUAGUGGAACGCGUCAAAAGGCACGUGCCUAAGUCAUGUCGGACACGGUGAUGUCCGACGACGAUGACGUCAUCGUCGUGCCGCCGGCCGGCACCAAGAAGGUGGUCCAUUAUGGCUCCCUGGAGGAGACGGAGCGGGCGCGACUGGCGGCCGGCACUGGCGUCGGCUCGCCCAAACCGUCCGCCAACAUCGUCUCUUCGUCGGACUACAUGGAGCUAGAGAAGCGCGAGGUCAAUGACGACAAGCGGGCUCUGCUGGACGAGUUUGAGCGACGGAAGCGGGCUCGGCAGAUCCACGUGUCCACUGACGACGCCGAAGUAAAACGGCGCCUGCGUCAGCGCGACCAGCCCAUCUGCCUGUUCGGAGAGGGCCCGGCCGACAGACGUAACCGGCUGCGAGAUCUUCUGUCCAGGGAUGAGGACGGGGGAGCCCCGGAGGCGCCGUCGGCAGAGACGGAGUCGGCGCCCCAGGAGCAGCCGCGCACAGAGACCUGGUACCACGAGGGGCCCGCCGAGCUGCGCCAGGCGCGACUCUGGAUCGCCGGCUACUCUCUGCCGCGCGCCAAGGCGCGCCUGGCGGCCGCCCGGGAGCGGCUGCAGACGCCGGAGCCGACACGGAACGCCGAGCGCCAGCAGCUGCAGAAGCAGCUGCGCGCGCUGGGCCUGCACGCCAGCCAAGUGGGCGACACACGGCCCGUCUCGCACUGUGCCUUCUCGCCGGACGGCCGUCAGCUGGCCACGGCCAGCUGGUCGGGUCUCUGCAAGGUGUGGUCGGUGCCCGACUGCCAGCCGCAGCGCACCCUGCGCGGCCACACGUGCAACGUGGGCGCCGUGAGCUGGCACCCGGCGGCCACCGUCAGCCUGCAGCCGUCCGACGUGAACCUGGCCUCGUGUGGCCACGACGGCACCGUCAAACUCUGGAGCCUCGACAGCGAGGAGCCGUUGGCAGACAUCGAGGGCCACGCGCCGUACCGGGUCUCCUCAGUGAAGUACCACCCGUCCGGGCGCUUUUUGGCCUCGUGCUGCUACGACAACUCGUGGCGUCUCUGGGACCUGGAGCAGCUCACCGAAGUGCUGCACCAGGAGGGCCACAGCGGCCCCGUCUACGAUGUCGACUUCCAUAGCGACGGUAGCCUGGCCGCCACCGGUGGCCUGGAUGCGUACGCCCGUCUCUGGGAUUUGCGGACCGGCUCCUGUAUCAUGUUCAUGGAGGGACAUCUGAAAGGCGUGCUGUCCAUCGCCUUCAGUCCAAACGGCUACCUGGUGGCCACGGGCAGCAGUGACAACACGUGCAAGGUGUGGGACAUCCGGCGACGCGAGUGUUUCUACACUGUGCCGGCGCACACAAACCUGGUGUCGAGCGUGGCGUUCGGGCCCGACCGCGGCGCCUUCCUGGCCACCGCCUCGUACGACGCCACUGCCAAGAUCUGGUCAGCAGACACGUGGCAGCCCCUGCACACUCUGAAGGGACACGAUGGCAAGAUCAUGUGCGUGGCAAUAUCGCCCGAUGGCCACUGCGUGGCUACCUCGUCAUAUGACCGGACAUUCAAACUAUGGAUGCCUGAAUGAGCGGCUAUCCGCUGCCUCCCGUGUGUCGGCCUUGUGUCCUUCAUGCCAUCGUGUCCACACCACCAGUGUUGCUCAUGCCAUGUAAUGAAACAAUACAUUGUGAUUGUGAUGCUCAUUCAUCGAACAA